AUGGAAAUGAAUACAAUCUUAAAUAGUUUUUAUGAAGACAAUGUUAAAAUGUCAAGAAACGAAACAAGCCAAAACGUUAAUUUUGUGACACCUCUUGUUCAAGACAUUUUGCAGUAUGUUCACGAAAGAGACAAAAGGUUUCAAAUACAGCCAUUAAAUGUCGGGAGUUAUUAUUCCCACCUUAAAGUGUCUCGAGCAGACGAAUUUGAUUAUAGCGUUGUGUUAGAUGCAGGGUCGUUUAUGAAUUGGACACCCGGAACACCGGCUUAUUAUAAUUUCAGUGAAAAUAUGGAAGUGGUUAAAACACCGAUUCCAUUGCCUUCAUCACCCGUUGGGAAAUGUCUUUUUCGCAUUCCGGGAAUAAUAGAACAUUGGAAUAUGGAGCGUUUAAAUGAAGGACCAGCUUGUUUGACAAUUGAUGAUCACAUCAUACCUAUACGAGUUAAAAGAAGGUUUAAAGCACUCGUUAGUGAAGCUGUGAAUCGACCACACAUAUGUCAGUAUGUCGACGCAAGACGAUUAUCUGAGUCACCUGCUACUACACUGAUAAUACGCCAUCCUUACCUAGUAGGAGAUCAAAUAAGUGUAGAUCUUACACCUCUUAUAAAAUCACAUGCUUCAUUCAAACCAGAGUUUGGGUGGCCUCGCCCGGGUGCCAGAUGGCCAUCUCGUACAAAGAUUGACGAGAUAUUAGCCGAAGGAAUACACUUAGUUGCUAAAGAUCCAUUUUACUGGUCUUUGUCAUUUGUCAUGUGCGAAAAAAAGUUGGUGGGUGGAAUUGACUCGAAUGGAACUUGUCGUAAAAUGAGUCAACGGAUAAUGAAAAAACUUCGAGAAAUGUGGUGUCCAAAAGGAACGAAACAGGAACUUACUUCAUAUCAUCUUAAAAAUAUUCUUUUCUGGGAAUGUGAAAAUCAUCCAUAUGAUUCAGAAUGGGCUAAUGACAAGCUUUCUGAAAGAAUUGGGUCAAUGUGUUACCGGCUCAUAGAACACAUACAAUGUGACAACCUGCCUCUGUAUUUCCAUUCAGGGGUCAAUUUGCUGGAGAAUAAGGAUAGAGAAGUUCUUGCCCAGGUGGAACAGAACAUGAUCAGGUUUUUGAAUAAUCCCGAACAUUAUCUAUAA